CACUCCACACACCAGUCCUCUGAAUCUCCUGCCCAAGUGCGCACCACGCCAGCGACCAACGCCACAGCAGAGACGAGCUAUUGUUGAAAAUACCUGUUUUUCUUCACAAGUGUGUGUGAACAAAUUUUUCUGCUUUUUUUUCGGAAACACGACUUUGGAAAAGAAAAAGAAAAGUGAAAAUAGUGGUAAAGUCAAGUUUCCGCACUGAUUUUGGUGAGAUUUUUUCAGUGAACACACAGUGUAAUGUGAUCGUGUUGGGAAUUUCCCUGUCUGGAUUUAUUAUUAAGAGAAGAAGAGAGAAAACCAGAGAAAAUUCGACCUAAUCGAGGUUAAAUGGGUGAUGAUGGACUUCCGAUCAGGCAAUGGAAAUGAAGACAUGAAAUAUUUAAUGCAAUCACACCAUCACCACAAUCACGUCCCUUGGGAUCCAUGGGGACAGUACGGUCUGAAUAGUCAAGUAACCUCCUCCCCAUCGAACCCCCCCUCAUCCUCCCUCCCACCCCCAGGUCACCACUCCGCCCCACACGCCCACUCCCACGGGGUUCCUAAUUCCUCCUCCUCCAACAAUUCCUCCUCCGCGGCUGCCCAGCACCAUGCCGCCGCAGCCGCCGCCGCCGCUGCAGCCGCAGCCCAACAAAACAGUCAACACCAUCCAUGGUCACAGUCUUAUCUCAACGGAGGGUCUCCCAUCCAACACCAACAUCACCACUACCCACACCCCAUGAACGGGAUCCCAAUGAAUGCCGGUCAAAUCCACCCCUCCCUCCGCGACAUUCGUGACCUUCACAAUUCUUCACCUGGGAGCGGGAUAAUGGACGUUCGGGGUCACGGGGACAUGGAGGAGGAAACCCCGACCUCGGAUGAUCUGGAAGCUUUUGCCAAACAAUUCAAACAGAGGAGAAUCAAGUUGGGCUUCACGCAGGCCGACGUCGGAUUGGCUUUGGGUACGCUGUACGGGAACGUGUUUAGCCAGACGACGAUAUGUCGUUUCGAGGCGCUGCAACUGAGCUUCAAAAAUAUGUGCAAGUUGAAACCCUUGUUACAAAAGUGGUUGGAGGAGGCGGAUUCCACGACGGGCUCUCCCACCUCCAUCGACAAAAUUGCUGCUCAGGGACGAAAGAGGAAGAAACGCACCUCCAUCGAAGUCUCCGUCAAAGGAGCCCUCGAACAACACUUCCACAAACAACCAAAACCCUCCGCUCAAGAAAUCUCUCAACUCGCCGAUUCCCUGCAGUUGGAGAAGGAAGUCGUCCGCGUCUGGUUUUGCAACCGCCGUCAAAAAGAAAAGCGGAUGACUCCCCCGAACGUCCUCCCGGGUCAAGAAGGAUUUGAUGGUCAAGGUCAAAUGUACAGUCAUCAGCACAUGUCGCCCCGGUCUCCGCCCAUGUUGUCGCCUCAGCCACACCCGCCCCAGCAGCCGCCCCCACAUUCACAGUCCCUCACGGCCCACUGACGUUUACUUCACAGCUACGAAAACUACAAUUAAUUAAUAAAGUGAAGAGUGUGAAAAAAAUAGGACUGAUGAUGGCCAGAUUUUUACGCGACAAGAGAGGAAAAAAACACGUAAUAACCAUGGAGAUUUACAGAUUUGGUGCUCCUCUUUUAAAGAAAAAAAUGAAAGACUUUUGAUCCAAAAACCAAAUUUUUAUGUGCAACGAGUGAGUUUUUUUUAUAAUCUCUCGAUUAAUUUCCCUUUAAUUUCUUAAUUAAAUUUGGCACACUGCUCAAAAUUCGAGAAAAAAAAAUUCCAACACACCCGAGAGAAAAAAAGGUAAGAAAUGAUUUUUUUCUUUUCUAAACUUUACAUUUGUGCCAAAAAAGAAAAGUAUCCCGUAUCAUUUACUAAGGAGAGGCAUUUACUGAGAGAUGAUGAGAGGGAGGGCCCUUUGACUAGUCUUGUGAAAGCCAGCAAAUUUUUUUAUAUAAGAAAUUACGAGUUUAUUAGUUUUUUCUCUUGAUAUAAAUGAUAGAAAUUUAUAGUUUGAGUUGUAUAUAUAUAAAAUUGUGUCAUCGUCGUCGUCGUCGUCGUGAAACUUCAUUUUUGUGUGAAGGGUAUUUAGCUUUAGUUAUUUAUAUUUAAACAAAAAAGUAAUUAAUUUUAUGCAACAAGUUUACAAAAAUAAAUAUCCAAUAUCAACAUCAGA